GGUAAAAUGUCCCCUUUCGGUUUCGUUUUCCUGCAGUGAGAUAACGCUUGGCUGUAUGCUGCUCACAAGCAUCAUGUGGAUUCAGGAUUUCUCAAAGUACAUGGCUGAAAGCACAGAUUUUUUUAUUGAUCUGCAUUUAAGAAACACCACACUUGUCAUCGAUGGCAACAGUUUGUACCGCAGACUGUAUUUAGUUUCAUGUUUUGAUCACCAGCAUGGGGGAGAAUAUGACUCCUUUUCUCAUCGCAUCCGUAAAUUUUUUAGGGCCCUCUUCCUCUGUAACAUACGCCCCUUUGUUGUGCUGGAUGGCAGUAUGGAUCACACCGACAAGAAGUUCAAGAUUCUCAAGCAGCGAGCCCAAACUAACAUUACAGUGGCUCACGCCCUGUCAACAGGAUCUCGGGGGACAAUCCUACCUGUCCUUGGUAAAACUGUGUUCAGGCAGGUCCUGUCUGAAAUGCAGGUGCCAUUUGUUCAGUGCAUUGCAGAGGCUUCGAGGGAAAUAGCGUCCCUGGCCAACCAGUGGAAUUGUGCAGUGCUGACCAUGGACAGCAUCUUCUACAUCUUUGAUUUGAAGGGAGGGUGUGUCCCCACAAAUUAUUUUUGCUGGGACAAUGUGAAAGCGUGUAAGAAGACUUCGGAGAUGUACAUAGAUGCUCGGCUCUUCUCCAUCAAUAGAUUCUGUACACACUUCAACCACAUGAAUAAAGAGCUUCUACCACUGUUUGCUACCAUGGUCGGUUAUACUGCCAUGGCUAGCCAUGAUUACACUAAUCUGCAACACAUCAUGAAGACAUUCUUCAUCCAGGCCAAUUUCCCAGAAGGGCCACGCAAGUCCAAAGAUAGGACCCAUGAUUGCAUUGACAACCUCCUUCACUGGUUGGCUCAGUUCACAGGUCCACAGGCGGCCCUGAAAGGGGUGCUGGAAGUUCUUGGAAGUGCCCACAGUAGAAGGUAUGUCCACUCCCUCCUCUCCUCUGGAUUGAAGUACUACCAGCUCUCUGCCAGCAACCUGGUCCCAUUCUUCACAGAGGGAGCCCCACAGUCCAACAUGCCAGAUGGCAUUAGGGCCUUGCCAACAUGGAUCCUCCUGGCAUUGGCUAAGGGGCAAUUGGGCUUCUUCAUCCUAAAUGUACUGGUGUUGCGAAGAGUGAUGCUGUACAGUCAAGUUGAGGAUUUCCAGCUACCAAGUUGCAACACAACCUCACAUCCCAUUCGCCAGGUUCUAUACAGCCUGUUACUUCAUGGGAAGCAGAAGCAAACUGACAGAAAGAUGAGCCUUGUGGAUGCAAGGGUGAACUUGUGUUCGGCUUACUGUGUACAGGAGUUUGGGAGACAGGGUCUGUUUCUGAAGCCAUCUUCUGUUCCUGCUGAGCUGAUAAAAACUGUUCUGUACCUACCUUUGGAGAGCCUGAACAAGGUGUGGGUCCAGAUCCGGCUUGAGUUCCUAUUGGAGACUCUGAAAGUGAAACCAUCUUUGCUACGGCUGGUGCCCUCUCACCUACAUCUACCUGUGUGCGUAACCUGUUUUUGGCUGACUCAUGCUGAGCCCAGGCCGGAUCUGCAGCAUCUUCAAGCAUUGCUGUUGGGAUUUGUGUUUGGAGAGCUCAGUCGAGUGAAAAUCCAAGAAGGACAGACCAAGUGGGGCCGGGACCUGGCGGCAGUCUGGAAGAGGCUGAACCAGUUGCGGGUGAAAAGACAGAGAGACAAGGGGCCUGACCCAGGUGUGGCCCACACUUUUUGCCAAUGGCAAUCCUGCCUCCGGAUGAGCCUUCUCCUGAACCAGCUGCUCUGCUUUCCUCUGCCGGAGCCUGAGUGUGCCUGGUUGUACAGGGGGGCACUGGUGCACCAAGUGGUGAAGGAGAUGAAAGAGGGAAAGGCCCCAGAAGACCUGUUGCAGGGACCCCAUCUUCCUGGACAACUCUUCAGAGACCUGAUGGGGGCUGUACAGAGCUCUGUGGGUGCAGGCUUCUUCACGAAAAAGUGGAGGAAGACAGGCCAGCGACAAGCUCAAGAGCAGCAGCAGAAUCAUACAGAGAGUCCCCAGGCCACCCAAGACACCAGCAACAGCUCUGCACAGCUGGAAUGUGACGAUGACAGAGAAAAUGAAGAUAAUUAUGAUGGUGAUGACCAUGGCGAUGAUUGCGAUGACGACGAUAGUAAUGAUGAUGACCAGGAAGAGGAUCAGCAGUGCUGGGAACCAGCCAGCCCAGUCCGAGUGCGAUUUGUGACCACGUGUCGGACUAACCGGACUCGAGACCGUGUGAGAGUGAGAAAACCACACCGGGUAAUGUGGUAAACAAAGACAAUCCCUUUGCCGUGCCAAUUUAACAACUGUCAAAAAUGCUAUGCGAUACUUUAUACGAUGCGUUUUAACAGAAAUAAGAAUAUUGUAAUUGGCCUAAUAGAGUGUAUUGUUGGAACUACUGAAAAGUAUAGCAGAUUAUGCACAGCAGUAAAAAGCCUUUUGACUAUUGUUCUAAUGUGCCCUUUGGCUCAACAAUGCUCAGGGAUACCACCAAAACCUUUGUUCAAGAAGCCAGAAUUACCAAGAAUCCACAUCAUUGCAAUAUAAUUGACCUCAGAUGCCUCACUGAUUUUAAUCAGAAAUAACCACCAUUAAAGCAUGAUCUUUACCUUCCGCCUGUGUUAGAACUACAAAGACCCCAACAAGAUGGGAUUGUCUAGGUCCACUGAGUUUGGGAAAAGUUUUUUCAGUCAAAGCAACAGCCUUGUCAAAUUCUGUAUUAUUUAUUAUGGAGUAUUAUGUAGUGUACAAGUCUCAGGGUUUGCAGAAAACUAAAGUAUGGAUCAAAACAAAGAAAUUAUGUGACCAUUAAUAUUUUACAUUGUAUAGUGACCAAGUAAUUUACAUGGAUGUGUGUGUGUAAUGCAAUAUUGCAUUAUGCAUCUUUUAUUUAGCUUGUGAUGUUUUCCUGCCCAUGGAGAACAGGCAAAAUUUUGCUUUAUAGCCAACUCUGGUGAGCUUGAUGUGAUUGUGCAACAACACAUAGAAUACAAUAAGGAAAAUAAAUAAGGUGUAUGCAAUCUUUUAUUUAUUUAUAUUUACCUUUAUUGUGCCAAGUAGUUCAAGGGAGUUUUAAAUGUAGUAAGGACCUGGGGUUUGUAACGUGAUGGUCAUAGUUUGAGUGUUGUAUGAGCAUGCAGUUUUUUGACCAUGAAAUAAUUAAAUUGAGAUUAUUUCAUGGAGUAUCCCUUUAUCCUUAGUUCCUCUGCUUGAUUUUAAUACGGACAUUUCAAGAGUAAUUUCAUACAAAAUUAGAGACAGGGCUAAAAGGUUUAUAAAAAUUUUAAUGUACAGAUUUAUUCUCCAACUGCCACAACAGAGUACUGGUUUCAGCUGUGUGAACACAAAACAAGAAGCACAGCCAGUAUUUUCACACUGAUGGUCCUUACUUGUACCUUUUGGAAGAGAAGCAGCACACACACAAGGGCUGUUACUAGCUCAACUUGGACCUGUCAGGUGGAUCAAAGCAAAGAAAAGCUAUGAGGGGUCAAAAGUCACCCCAGUUAAAGAAACAUCAGAGAGAAGCUGCUGCCUCGCCUGUGGAGAAAAGGCCUUGAAUCAUUUGGUGAGGUAUCUGAAGAUGUAAACACUCCAGUAUAUGUGUUGAGAAGGCCCUUCUCUGUCAUACAAAUCAAAGAAAUACAGUAGGUUAUCUUCCUAUCAAGAGUGCAAAUGGAUAUCAUUGGAUAAAUGACAGAUAAAUAAUAUCACACAUUUUACAGCAAAAAUUGUACAAAUGAAUAUAUAUUCUACAUUCUGGUUUACUUGAUUAUUCAUUCUGUGGGUACAGAGGAAUGUGGGGUGCGGGCUGGGAGGGGAGGAGGGGCAUGUGAAGUGGAAUCAACUUGGAAUGAGCUCCCUGUGAGGUCAUGGCUGAACCUGAAAGCGACCAUCAUCUUAACCCCUUUCAUUAAUCUUUUUUUGUGCAAAUCUUAAAACUGGGGGAGGAAUUCAGUCCAACUGCAACUGCAGUAUCUUCCUUAAAGGUCCAGGAAACUGAAAUCUUUGAAUUCUUUGCUGAUGUGUUGUUUUAAUAUUUUUUUGCAUUAAAAAAACAUACAAAAGCCUGUGCCAAAAUUGGCUUGCUUUCCCCCUUGGAUAAACGUCAGGUUUUCAGUGGGCGGGGUUAACUAGGUGUUGGUUACGUAACAAAAGCGCUAAGCCCAGUGAAAUCCUUCCCACAUGUAAUAUGUAAAUGAUGCUCUUGCCACUAUUUUGUGGGGAAUAUACCCACAAUUUGAAUCCAGUUUCCUGGACCUUUAACUUUGAGUGACUUGUAAGCAAGUGUGUUGUUCUUUCUAAAACACAUUACCAGAAGUUUGUCAGUCACUGAAAUGAAUGAAUUAGUCUGUGUACAUAUAAACGUAAUACAUUUAUAUAUAUAUAUAUAUAUAUACAUAUAUAUAUAUGAUUUGUUAUUCAAAGCUAAGGAUAGAAGCCUGUAGCAGUUAAACUCAAUUAAUUUAUUCAAUUAUACCCCAAGUAUGUCUGACUCAAAAAGAAUAAAAGGGACUGAUGAUGUACAGAAAAUUGUCAAUUUUCCUUGGCUACUUAUUACCUUUGUAGGUAAAAAUGAAAGAGUAAAAUAACCAAACAUGGUGAAAUCACAGCACUAUUCCAGCACCCUAGGCAUGCAGCAGAUAGCAGUGGCAUUGCAUCCAACACCAAACCAUACUGACCACAUUCACACAUACUCCACUUUUGGACAAACUAAAUUCUUUUUCAUCCCCCCCCC